CUCGGUUGGAAAAGUUGUUUUCCGUUAGUCAUGGAAACAGGUUGAAAAGGGACGAUGGUGGAAGUCUAGCUUUGCCGGUUGUUUACCGAGGAUUGUGGAGUACGAGUGUUCGACCUAAUUACAUUGACCGUAGAUGAUCUUCGUAUGCAUUUGAAGGAUACCGAUGCUGACUGGAAUAUCGAUGUUGUAUUUGACGUAGUUCGCUCUUGGAGGAAACGAAAUCAAGCAAAAAUUACUUCUUUCUUACAAUCUGUGUCUGAAAACGUGAACCCAGAAACUUCUGCAGAGAACGGGAGAAAAUCUGGAAACGAACAUAAUGUCAUUGAAAGAAAGCUUCUUGAAAGCCAAAUUUAUCACGAAAGAGAACCAAAAAAAGAAUUAUCGCACGAGACUACCGAUACUUUAAAUAAUAAACUCAACAACAAUAAUACAUCAGGAGCCCCGUUCUUAACAGAUACCAAAAACUACGUUAUAAAUAUAGCCAACGAUUUUUCGAGCGAGGAACUCGCACAGCAGGAUAUUACGGUAUCUGACGUCUCAGAAACUUGUUUCGAAGUUCAUAAAAAUUUGCAGCAUGAAACUGCUUUUACGCCCCGAUUUUUGUAUUCAUUACUGCAACAAACCGAGGAAGGCAAAGAUAUUAUAGAACGCGCGAAAAUUGGAGAAUUGUCUGAAACGAAACAACUGGAAUUGGCCGGUAUAAUAGCCAAAUAUCAUUUAAUAUCAAAGAAAAAAGUUCAAACCGAGCAAUUAGAGACGUAUACAUUGGCAAUUUGUACUCUGUUCCAAUCGGAACGACAGGAAAAUUACUACAUUUCAAGAGGAGGAGACCGAAGGAAUCCCGGUGGAAAAAUUGCAAACAAAAUUGGAAACCUAAAGCAAAAGAAACGAAGAAUUGAUGUUAGAGAAGCAGAGUACGCGAAAACACGAAAGCUAACAGCAUCACGUGAACUGCCGCUUGAUUCAACUACAAACGAGGCUGUUAAUUGGUUGGAAUUGAACGGUGAACCGUGGAACACAGUGCUCGAGAAAUGGUCAGUUAGUGCAGCUCACCGAAGACAGUAUUUGAAAAACCGAAAGUUCACAUUAAAGCUAUUGAAUCUGUACCCCCAUUACAAAAAGUCGUAUGGGUAUCAAUUGGUAGAUAUCGAUUUUCGGUUUCUGUAUGAAGAUGCUCGCAACGGAAUAGCUGUUCUGGAAAGCACGAUAACUGGAAUCAUAUCAUACGCGUCAAAGAAAGCGCAGGAUCCAUCUGCUUUGAAACUUCUGAAAUAUUUGAACAACAACACUAAUAGCUUAGAUGCACGAAUGAUUGCGUUGCUCCUAGUGCUGAACACUGUGUUGCCACCUAUUCAUGCAAGCUCACGCUUCAAGCCAACAAUUUACGUUGCACAAGAAGACACAAUUGUCUUUGUCAACAAGGAGGAUGAAAUAAAAUCAAAAAUCGAUUCUACAGGGUGAUUUUUUAAGAGCUUGAGAACUUUUUUAAACAA